AUGGACUUGUUCCGAGUCAGACUGAACUGCAUCGAUCAUUACCAGGCGACACCCAGCCGCUAUGACCCACAGCUGCGCAACGAUGUGCGACCGUCGCAGGUUUCGCGAGGCCCGAAGGUGCCGGUUGUUCGGAUCUUUGGCUCGACCGAAACGGGCCAAAAGGUUUGCGCACACGUACACGGGGCGUUCCCGUACCUAUACGUGGAGUACAAUGGUGGGCUAGCAUCUGAAGAAGUCGGCGCAUUCAUAUAUCGCCUUCAUUUGUCCAUCGACCAUGCGCUGGCUGUGAGCUACAGGCGUGACCAAUAUGGAGAUAACGCCAAGUUCGUUGCCAGGAUCACGUUGGUGAAGGGCAUCCCUUUCUACGGUUUCCACGUCGGGUAUAGGCUCUUCCUCAAGAUUUACGUGUUCAACCCUAUCGUAAUGACCCGACUCGCCGACCUCCUACAGCAGGGUGUGAUUAUGAAACGAAAAUUUCAGCCGUAUGAGGCGCAUCUGCAGUACCUGUUGCAGUUCAUGGUCGACUACAACCUGUACGGGUGCGACUAUCUCGAUUCGUCCAAGGUUACCUUUCGAUCUCCGGUGCCGCAGCAUAAUCAGGAUUCGAAUUCAUCACAUCUCUGGCAUAGCGUUUCGGUUCCGGCAGAGUCGGUCACGGAUGAUCCGACGCUGCCCCGCGUGAGCCACUGCUCAAUCGAAGUGGACAUUUGCGUCCAGGACAUCGUCAACAGAAAGAUGGUCAAGGAGCGCCAGCUGCAUCAUGACUUCGUCGAACGCACAAUCCCGAUACCGAGAGAUCUAAAGUUCGUAUACAGCAUGGCUGGCCUGUGGAAGGAUGAAACCAAGAGGCGACAACGACAAAUGCCGAAGGCCCAGCAGCAUAAUAGCCCGUUCCCCCCGGAAGCCCUGGUCUCAAUGUCCGCGGAUCCCCGAGAUUCGCAACCGCAGGGGUGGAUCCAUGAAGAGGAAUAUCAACAAGACAUACGAGAUUUGGUUUCUCAGGAGGCUGCUGACCUGGGAGGUGCAGCCGUGUCAUUUGAAACGUUCGUUAAAUCUGCAGAACCCGAAGCGGAAGUCAGUACCAUCUUGCAGUCUGUGGAGGACCUGUAUCCUUCCAAGCUGAUGCCCGCCCUUGGUCUGCCGUCCAACCUCGGCAAAUCAGUACUGGAUCCCGCGAGUAGCAUCGAAGUCGACGAGAAGAAGGCGCUGCAAGUCCAAGAAGAAGAGGACAGCGUUUUCCCAGACGAUUCGGAUGAGGAAAUGUUGCAGAAACUGAACGAAACGAACCCACCGGGAGAUUUGGAUGCUCAAAAUGCACGGGAAACACACCAAGCGGAAGGACAGAAAUCUACUGCUGAAACUCUACCUCCGUUUUGGGAGAUACCGGGCGUUGCCUUCAGCGUACUGAAAACGGGACAGUGCCCGACGAUACCCGUUACAGACGACCUUCUUGAUGCCGCCGUGGAUGAUGGAUUUUUAUGCAGGGUGCCCAAACGACACGCCGCCCCCAAAACAAACUCCAAGCGCGGAGGGACCGAGACACCGCCGGACAGUCCCAACUCAAAGCGAUUCAAACCGACGAUCUUGGACGCUUCUCAGAAUACGAGACCGAAUGCUAUCAAGCCAGGCCUUGCUGCAAGGAGCGUGUCUAAGGGAUCAAAUGACACUCGUCGGCUGGGGAGAGACUCCAGCAUUGGCCGUACAACGCCGUCGGUGGCUUCUGGUGGUUUCCAAGCAGACCGCGCUGCCGACUCCAAGGCUGGGGCCGAAUCCGAUGGCUUUGCGAAACGAGAAAACCUACCACUUCCGAAGCAGUUGAGUCGGGAGACAGGGACACAGAAGAAAGUGUCCUUUGUAGAUAGUGCUCCUGGUGCUGCAGGGAACGGACACCAGGGCCAUGACACGCUCAGCGCCUUCUCCGUUCCCAGAGGUCGGUGCCAACGGCGGACGUUUGCCUUUGCUGCUUUGCCACCCACAUACGCCGACAGCAUGGACAUGACGAAGUACGACUUGCCGGACGUCAUUUAUCAGGAUGCAUACUACAGCAAGGAGAAAGAUGUUCCCGAUCGAAUUCGGGAAUACGCAGGCAGGGAAUAUCGCCUUGACAGCAACACCGUGCCCUUCCUGCCCCAGUUUGACCUGCAAGGUGGGCUCCCUACCGCACUGGAUGGGAGAGCAGAAGCGCAAGGCAUGGUCAGCCUUCAGCGACAACACACGCGACAACAGUGGCAAUGCGGCUGGCGUAGUUGGGAAUACAAUCGGCCACCACCUACGUACCGGGCAGUCUCGAAUUGGGCCGAUGAUAAGACUCACAACAGUCGAGAGCAAGUCAGGAGACGCCGCCCAAAGGCCGUAAUGCAGCCGGGAGCGAUGUCCCAAAUUGAUGGGCCAACGCCGAAGAACAAGCAUGGAUUCAAGUUUACCCAGAAGGCGGCUAGAACCAGUGUUGAACACGAGGUUCAGUACAUGAGCACCAUGAGCCUGGAGGUGCACGUCAAUAGCCGAGGAAAGUUCAUUCCGAAUCCUGAACAAGACGAAAUUCAGUGCAUAUUCUGGGCCUGCAAGUCUGAUGAGAGGACAUACAACACACAAGAGUCAGUCAACGCUCUCCGGUCUGGAAUGCUGGUGCUCUCUCACGAUGGGACUAUCGCGCAACAGAUAACACGGGUGACAAAUGCGUCCGUUGCUGCAGAGGACAGCGAGCUGGAUCUGAUAGUGCGGAUGGUCGAGAUAGUGAGGACAUUUGACCCGGACGUCUUGACAGGCUUCGAGGUGCAUGGGAGCUCGUGGGGCUACCUUAUCGAACGCGCGAGACUCAAGUACGACUACGACCUGUGCGACGAGUUCUCUCGCAUGAGGUCCGAUUCUCAUGGCAGGUUCGGCAAGAACAACGACCGAUGGGGCUUUAACACAACGUCGACAAUCCGUGUCACCGGCCGACACAUGAUCAACAUUUGGCGAGCGAUGCAGGGCGAGCUGAACCUCCUUCAGUAUACCAUGGAGAACGUGGUGUGGCAUUUGCUCCACCGCCGUGUGCCGCACUAUUCCUGGAAAACGCUCACGAAGUGGUACAGGAGCAAUAAACCGGCGGAGCUCGGAAAACUGUUGCGAUACUACCAGAAUCGUGCGCGGCUGGACAUUGAGAUCCUUGAAGCCAACGAGCUCAUUGCGCGAACCAGCGAGCAGGCCAGACUCCUCGGCGUCGACUUCUUCUCGGUGUUUUCCCGAGGAUCACAGUUCAAAGUCGAGUCGAUCAUGUCUAGGAUCGCCAAGCCAGAAAACUUCGUCUUCGUAUCGCCGAGCAAAAAGCAGGUUGGCGGCCAGAAUGCACUCGAAUGCCUGCCUCUAGUCAUGGAGCCCCAGAGUGCUUUCUACAGUAGCCCGCUCUUGGUGCUGGACUUCCAGAGCCUGUACCCCAGCGUCAUGAUUGCGUACAAUUACUGCUACUCCACGUUUCUCGGCCGUAUCAAGAACUGGCGAGGGACCAGCAAGAUGGGCUUCACAGAGUACGAGCGCCAGAAGGGUUUACUCUUGCUCUUGAAGGACUGCAUCAACAUUGCGCCAAACGGCAUGAUGUACGUCAAGGCAGAGAUUCGCAAGUCUCUGCUUGCCAAGAUGUUGACAGAGAUCCUCGAGACCAGGGUCAUGGUCAAAAGCGGCAUGAAGAAGGACAAGGACGACAAGACAUUGCAGCAGCUGCUGAACAAUCGUCAACUGGCGCUGAAGCUUUUGGCAAAUGUCACCUAUGGCUAUACGUCUGCGUCGUUCUCUGGGCGAAUGCCCUGCUCGGAAAUCGCUGACAGUAUUGUCCAAACUGGGAGAGAAACACUGGAGCGGGCAAUUGCAUACAUCCAUUCCAUCGAGCGAUGGGGUGCAGAAGUCGUGUAUGGCGACACGGACAGCCUUUUUGUCUACUUGAAGGGGAGGACGAGGGAGCAGGCCUUUGACAUUGGCAACGAGAUCGCAAAGGCGGUCACGGAGAUGAACCCGCGGCCGAUCAAACUCAAGUUCGAAAAGGUCUACCAUCCUUGCGUGCUUCUAGCCAAGAAGCGCUACGUGGGGUACAAGUACGAAAGCAAAGGGCAGGCCAAGCCCGACUUCGACGCCAAGGGCAUCGAGACUGUCCGUCGGGACGGCACGCCCGCGGAACAGAAGAUCGAGGAGAAGGCACUCAGGAUGCUGUUCGAAACGGCCGACCUGAGCCAGGUCAAGUCAUACUUCCAGUCCCAAUGCGACAAGAUCAUGCGCGGAGCCGUCUCCGUGCAGGACUUUUGCUUCGCCAAGGAGGUCCGCCUGGGAACUUACUCGGACAAGGGGCCACCACCGGCAGGCGCGUUGAUCAGCACCAAGAAGAUGCUCGAGGACGCCAGGGCAGAGCCGCAGUACGGAGAGCGCGUGCCGUACGUGGUGAUCACGGGCGCACCGGGGUCGCGGCUCAUCGACCGGUGCGUCGCGCCCGAGGAGCUCCUCGUCAACCCGCACUGGCAGCUCGACGCCGAGUACUACAUAUCCAAGAACCUCAUCCCGCCGCUGGAGCGCAUCUUCAACCUGGUGGGCGCCAACGUGCGGCAGUGGUACGACGAGAUGCCCAAGGUCCAGCGCGUCCACCAAGCGACGUCGGCCCAGGCGAGCAAGCGGUCGACGCUCGAGUCGUACAUGCGCUCGACCCACUGCCUCGUCUGCAACGCAAAGUUCGCAGAGGAGGGCUACGCCCUGUGCCCGGCAUGCCGCGACGACGCGCCCGCCUCCAUGCUCGCCCUGCAGACGCGCCUCGCCGCCGACGAGCGCAGCUUCCUCGAGGUGCUCGACGUGUGCCGCACCUGCUCGGGAAUGAGUCCACUGGACGAGGUGCGCUGCGACAGCAAGGACUGUCCCGUGUUCUGGACGCGCAUGAAGCAGCGCACCAGGAUGGUGACUACCAAGGCCGCAGCGGGGCCUGUGAUACGUGAGCUCAUUGAGGAGUCUGGCAGAGAGCAGUUAGAAUGGUGA